AUGAUUGCAUCGAAAAGGCGACGCCGCAGAACGGAUACCGAACGACAAAAGGAAAACUUGGAUACAAGUAUCUGUGAAGUGGCUGAAGAGCAGGUUGAGACGAAAAGAAACGAGCAGAAACGAUCGCCAACUCCGGAGAUCACAUUUGGCUCAAAGCCUAUGGCCAUUGUACAACCAUCAUUCCACACUGAAGAGAAACUCGAAGAAUCUCCCUCAUCUUCAAGAUUCAAUGAGAAUCUCUUCCCAGCGCUAGGAUUGAACACUCCAAGCAGCUCAAAACAUGGAAAAAGACUCCAAAUGGGCAAUGUCAAGUAUCGACGUUUCCCGGAAAAUGAAAAGGAAAAACCGAAAGAAAGUGUGGCUCCUUGGGCUCACCUCUCCUCUCCAUCCACAUCCAUAUCACAAAAACUCUCAGAGACUCCAAAAAUCGAAGCAAAAGCUCAACCGAUUGUUCGAACAAGGAAUGAGUCAAUGAAUACGAUUUCUCUACAUGAUUCUUUGAUGGCGAUCAUGCAAGAAGAGCAACAAUUGCAGACUGAAAGAUACAGGAGAACGCAUCGACCACUCGCUUUUGUUGAUAUGGAAGAACGCGCAAUCAUUGAACUCAAGCAACUCUAUUUGCAAUCGUUUGGUGAUGAAGUGAUUAUUGAUGUGAUUCGAGUCGACGCGUUAACCGCGGCACCUAUUUGGAAACGACCCACA